AUGUCUGGUUUGGCUCAGGUUGACUCUGCUGCUGCUCAUGAGGAGGUGUGUUGUUCUCAGGUACAGGUGGGGAUGCUGUGGUAUCUCGAGCAGGUGCACUUGGAGGGGCGUUGUGCGACCAAGGAGAGAUGGGUUAGAAAACUUACUUGCUUGUCGUUGGUUCUUGCCUUUGCUGUUGUUGUUGUUGUUGUUGUUGUUGUUGUUGUUGUUGUUGUUGUUGUUGUUGUUGUUGUUGUUGUUGUUGUUGUUGUUGUUGUUGCCUUUGUUGUUGUUGUUGUUGUUUUUGUUGUUGUUGUUGUUGUUGUUGUUGUUGUUGUUGUUGCCUUUGUUGUUGUUGUUGUUGUUGUUGUUGUUGCCUUUGUUGUUGUUGUUGUUGUUGUUGUUGUUGUUGUUGUUGUUGUUGUUGUUGUUGUUGUUGUUGUUGUUGUUGUUGUUGUUGUUGUUGUUGUUGUUGUUGUUGUUGCUGUUGCUGCCUUUGUUGCUGUUCUUGCCUUUGCUGUUGCUGCCUUUGUUGCUGUUGUUGCCUUUGCUGUUGCUGCCUUUGUUGCUGUUGUUGCCUUUGCUGUUGCUGCCUUUGUUGCUGUUGUUGCCUUUGCUGUUGCUGCCUUUGUUGCUGUUGUUGCCUUUGCUGUUUCUGCCUUUGUUGCUGUUGUUGCCUUUGCUGUUGCUGCCUUUGUUGCUGUUGUUGCCUUUGCUGUUGCUGCCUUUGUUGCUGUUGUUGCCUUUGCUGUUGCUGCCUUUGUUGCUGUUGUUGCCUUUGCUGUUGCUGCCUUUGUUGCUGUUGUUGCCUUUGCUGUUGCUGCCUUUGUUGCUGUUGUUGCCUUUGCUGUUGCUGCCUUUGUUGCUGUUGCUGCCUUUGCUGUUGCUGCCUUUGUUGCUGUUGCUGCCUUUGCUGUUGCUGCCUUUGUUGCUGUUGCUGCCUUUGCUGUUGCUGCCUUUGUUGCUGUUGCUGCCUUUGCUGUUGCUGCCUUUGUUGCUGUUGCUGCCUUUGCUGUUGCUGCCUUUGUUGCUGUUGCUGCCUUUGCUGUUGUUGCCUUUGUUGCUGUUGCUGCCUUUGCUGUUGUUGCCUUUGUUGCUGUUGCUGCCUUUGCUGUUGUUGCCUUUGUUGCUGUUGCUGCCUUUGCUGUUGUUGCCUUUGUUGCUGUCGCUGCCUUUGCUGUUGUUGCCUUUGUUGCUGUUGCUGCCUUUGCUGUUGUUGCCUUUGUUGCUGUUGCUGCCUUUGCUGUUGUUGCCUUUGUUGCUGUUGUUGCCUUUGCUGUUGUUGCCUUUGUUGCCUUUGCUGUUGCUGCCUUUGUUGCUGUUGUUGCCUUUGCUGUUGUUGCCUUUGUUGCUGUUGUUGCCUUUGCUGUUGUUGCCUUUGUUGCUGUCGUUGCCUUUGCUGUUGUUGCCUUUGUUGCUGUCGUUGCCUUUGUUGUUGUUGCCUUUGUUGCUGUCGUUGCCUUUGCUGUUGUUGCCUUUGUUGUUGUCGUUGCCUUUGCUGUUGUUGCCUUUGUUGCUGUCGUUGCCUUUGCUGUUGUUGCCUUUGUUGCUGUCGUUGCCUUUGCUGUUGUUGCCUUUGUUGCUGUCGUUGCCUUUGCUGUUGUUGCCUUUGUUGCUGUCGUUGCCUUUGCUGUUGUUGCCUUUGUUGCUGUCGUUGCCUUUGCUGUUGUUGCCUUUGUUGCUGUCGUUGCCUUUGCUGUUGUUGCCUUUGUUGCUGUCGUUGCCUUUGCUGUUGUUGCCUUUGUUGCUGUCGUUGCCUUUGCUGUUGUUGCCUUUGUUGCUGUCGUUGCCUUUGCUGUUGUUGCCUUUGUUGCUGUCGUUGCCUUUGCUGUUGUUGCCUUUGUUGCUGUCGUUGCCUUCGCUGUUGUUGCCUUUGUUGCUGUCGUUGCCUUUGCUGUUGUUGCCUUUGUUGCUGUCACUGCCUUUGCUGUUGUUGCCUUUGUUGCUGUCGUUGCCUUUGCUGUUGUUGCCUUUGUUGCUGUCGUUGCCUUUGCUGUUGUUGCCUUUGUUGCUGUCGUUGCCUUUGCUGUUGUUGCCUUUGUUGCUGUCGUUGCCUUUGCUGUUGUUGCCUUUGUUGCUGUCGUUGCCUUUGCUGUUGUUGCCUUUGUUGCUGUCGUUGCCUUUGCUGUUGUUGCCUUUGUUGCUGUCGUUGCCUUUGCUGUUGUUGCCUUUGUUGCUGUCGUUGCCUUUGCUGUUGUUGCCUUUGUUGCUGUCGUUGCCUUUGCUGUUGUUGCCUUUGUUGCUGUCGUUGCCUUUGCUGUUGUUGCCUUUGUUGCUGUUGUUGUUGUCGUUGCCUUUGCUGUUGUUGCCUUUGUUGCUGUCGUUGCCUUUGCUGUUGUUGCCUUUGUUGCUGUUGUUGUUGUCGUUGCCUUUGCUGUUGUUGCCUUUGCUGUUGUCGUUGCCUUUGCUGUUGUUGCCUUUGCUGUUGUCAUUGCCUUUGCUGUUGUUGCCUUUGCUGUUGUCGUUGCCUUUGCUGUUGUUGCCUUUGCUGUUGUCGUUGCCUUUGCUGUUGUUGCCUUUGCUGUUGUCGUCGCCUUUGCUGUUGUUGCCUUUGCUGUUGUCGCCUUUGCUGUUGUUGCCUUUGCUGUCGUUGCCUUUGCUGUUGUUGCCUUUGCUGUUAUUGCCUUUGCUGUUGUUGCCUUUGCUGUCGUUGCCUUUGCUGUUGUUGCCUUUGCUGUCGUUGCCUUUGCUGUUGUUGUUGCUGACGUUGCCUUUGCUGUUGUUGUUGCUGUCGUUGCCUUUGCUGUUGUUGCCUUUGCUGUUGUUGCCUUUGCUGUUGUUGUUGCCUUUGCUGUUGUUGCCUUUGCUGUUGUCGUUGCCUUUGCUGUUGUUGCCUUUGCUGUUGUCGCCUUUGAUGUUGUUGCCUUUGCUGUCGUUGCCUUUGCUGUUCCCCGCGAGGAGAAUGGUGAUGAAGAGCUCCUCGGGAACGGUGACUUCGAUGACGUCGGCAUCGUUGAGUAG